AUGAAUCGUUUUGUUUUCGGCGUUUUUCCUUGUGCGAUACCACAGGUUCCUGCCAGGCGUGUUGCUGCUGGUACUGGAUCCAAGCUUUCACUCUCAGUACCCUUGGGUGCCUCUAUUCCAAGGGUUUCCCAACCACCACCGAAGGGUCCUCGUCUCCAGACUACCAAUCGCCUUCGAGCAGAGUCAGAAUGGCGGACGGGAACUAUCCCCCUACUGGAAAGUGGAGCACUGGCUGCUGCGGCUGCUUCGAAGACUGGAGUUCGUAUUGCGGAUAUCGCAGAAGCUGAUGGCACAGAGGCGUGCCUUUUUUACUACUUGAUUCAAGCGGGGGGGUGCGGGUGUCUGUACUCCUUGGGAUUCCGAAAGAAGCUGAGGUUGAGGUAUGGCCUUCCAGCGGCACCCUGUGGCGACAUCUGGAUGCAUUGGUGCUGCCGCUACUGCUCUGUAUGCCAGGAGUAUCGCGAGCUCAAAAACCGCGGCUGGGACCCAUCUAUUGGUUUCUCGGCAAACAAGACCAGAUCCCCCCCUCCGCAGCAGUUCAUGCAGAGUUAA